AUGGAUUUGAUUUCUUUUUAAUUCAGUUUCUGGCUAGUAUUGUCUUCACAUAAUUAAGCCUGAAAAUAAGAGAAUUUAAGUAAGUUGAUCCCUUAGAUCUUUUUCUUUCCUCACCCCCUUUGUGGCUUUGGUUUAGAAAGACAGAAAUAAUUAAAAUAGAAGAUUAAAGACCAGUUAGAAUCCAGUUAAGCACUUUACCCAUUAAAACCCAGAGUGCCCCUGGCUAUAGCUGACUCACUGGGGCACUGCAAGAUUGUUUUCAAUUUUCAAGGGAAACAAUGCCAUCUGUUGGGCAUCUUGCAAACUGCUACUGUCAGGAUGUAUAGCCCUAACUAAAUACUCAAUAAACAGAAUGGUUAGGUUGGUUGUUUGGUUUUGGUUUUCGCUUAUGGAUGUAGCAGCAGAAUUACUAAGACACUAAGGACACUUAGAGCCUUACAGUAAAGGCUUUGUUUGAACAUUGAGCAGUAAUAGUACUCCCGUUCCAACACAGAGAAACUGACCCUUAGUAAACUGUUAUUGGAGGGCAGAAUAGCAUUAACUCUUUGUUUGCAAUGCAGAGAUACAGACUUUAUUUAUUUGUUUUUAUUUAUUUUUUUUUUUUGAGAUGGACUUUCUCUGUUGUUGCCCAGGCUGGAGUGCAGUGGCGGGAAUUGUGGCUCAUUGCAACCUCCACUCCCAUGUUCAAGCGAUUCUCCAGCCUCAGCCUCCCGAGUAGCCGGGAUUACAGGCAUGCACCACCACGCCCGGCUAAUUUUGUGUUUUUAGUAGAGAUGGGUUUUCUCCAUGUUGGUCAGGCUGAUCUCGAACUCCCGAUCUCAGGUGAUCCGACCUCAGGUGAUCCGCCCACCUCAGCCUCCCAAAGUGCUGGGAUUACAGGCGUGAGCCACUGCACCCGGCUCAGACUUUAAUUUUUUAAAGGGACAUGUAAUUUAGGCAGUGUUUUCAAAUUAAGGGUUGUCUCCGAAAUCACAGUGGAAUGGCCUCCAGGAUUUCCUAGACUAGACGUACAAGGUAGUAGUAGGACUGGGACUAGAGUAUGACAAGUAAGGUUCUCAUCUUAGAUGCAAAAUUUAAAGGAUUACAGAGAGGUUCAGUAAUCAUAAUAAAUGCAUUUUAAUGCAUCAUUUUAAAAGAUCAAUAUUAAUGCAGAACAAUCCAUAAUGAACAGAAUAUCUAUUUUAAAUAAAGACUGAAUCCGAUCCUGCACUCGCUUGACUCACCUCACUGUCCUCAUCCUAACCCUGGCCCUGGGUAUUACACAUUAAACUUUUUGUUGUUGUUGUUGUUUUUGAGACGGAGUCUCUAUUGCCCAGGCUGGAGUGCAGUGGUGCGAUCUUGGCUCACUGCAACCUCUGCUGCCCGGGGUUCAAGCAAUUCUCCUGCCUCAGCCUCCCAAGUAGCUGGGCUUACAGGCGCCUGCCAGCGUGCCCGGCUAAUUGUUGUGUUUUUAGUAGAGAUGGGGUUUCACCAUGUUGGCCAGGCUGGUCUUGAACUCCUGACCUCGUGAUCCACCCACUUCAGCCUACCAAAAUGCCGGGAUUACAAGCAUAAGCCACUGUGCCUGGCCUAAACUUUUAUAAUCCUAAUUUUUUUUUUUUUUUUUGAGACAGAGUCUCACUCUGUCCCCCAGGCUGGAGUGCAGUGUUGUGAUCUUGACCCCCUGCAACCUCUGCCUCCUGGAUUCAAACGAUUCUCGUGCCUCAGCCUCCCAAGUAGCUGGAAUUACAGGCGUGCACCGCCACGCCUGGCUAAUUUUUGUAUUUUGAGUAAAGACAGGGUUUUGCCAUGUUGGCCAGUCUGGUUCUCUAACUCCCAACCUCAGGUGAUCCACCUCCCUCGGCUUCCCAAAAUGUUGGGAUUACAGGCAGAAGCCACCAUGCCCGGCCUGUAACCCUAAUUAUUAAAUAAUUUGCUGUGGAAUGGAUUCUAAUAUUCAAUAAUAGAAGUUGUAAUUCUGAACCCUUGGAAAUGGAGGAAGGCUAGAGGAUAUGAUAAAGGAGUCCAAGGGAGCAUGGCGGACACCGACCUGUUCAUGGAAUGUGAGGAGGAGGAGUUGGAGCCAUGGCAGAAAAUCAGUGAUGUCAUUGAGGACUCUGUAGUUGAAGAUUAUAAUUCAGUGGAUAAAACUACCACAGUUUCUGUGAGCCAGCAGCCAGUCUCGGCUCCAGUGCCCAUCGCUGCCCAUGCUUCUGUUGCUGGGCACCUCUCUACAUCCACCACCGUUAGUAGCAGCGGGGCACAGAACAGCGACAGUACAAAGAAGACUCUUGUCACACUAAUUGCCAACAACAAUGCUGGCAAUCCUUUGGUCCAGCAAGGUGGACAGCCACUCAUCCUGACCCAGAAUCCAGCCCCAGGUCUGGGCACAAUGGUUACUCAACCAGUAUUGAGGCCUGUUCAGGUCAUGCAGAAUGCCAAUCAUGUGACUAGUUCCCCUGUGGCCUCACAACCAAUAUUUAUCACUACGCAGGGAUUUCCUGUAAGGAAUGUCCGGCCUGUACAAAAUGCAAUGAAUCAGGUUGGGAUUGUGCUGAACGUACAGCAAGGCCAAACGGUUAGACCAAUUACACUAGUUCCAGCCCCAGGUACCCAGUUUGUUAAGCCGACAGUUGGAGUUCCACAAGUGUUCUCCCAGAUGACCCCUGUGAGGCCAGGCUCCACAAUGCCUGUGAGGCCCACCACCAACACCUUCACCACCGUCAUCCCGGCCACUCUUACCAUUCGAAGCACCGUCCCACAGUCCCAGUCCCAGCAGACCAAGUCCACUCCCAGCACUUCCACCACUCCCACUGCCACACAGCCAACCUCACUGGGGCAACUAGCUGUUCAGUCUCCAGGCCAGUCAAACCAGACCACGAAUCCCAAGCUAGCUCCCUCCUUCCCCUCUCCACCUGCAGUGAGCAUUGCCAGCUUUGUCACUGUGAAGCGACCUGGUGUUACAGGCGAAAAUAGCAAUGAAGUGGCCAAAUUGGUGAAUACCCUUAACACCAUCCCUUCCCUGGGCCAGAGUCCUGGGCCAGUGGUGGUGUCCAACAACAGCUCUGCUCAUGGCUCUCAAAGAACCAGCGGACCUGAGUCUUCAAUGAAAGUGACCUCUUCCAUCCCAGUAUUUGACCUCCAGGAUGGUGGACGGAAAAUAUGUCCACGAUGUAAUGCUCAAUUUCGUGUUACUGAAGCUUUGAGAGGUCACAUGUGUUACUGUUGCCCAGAAAUGGUUGAAUACCAGAAGAAAGGAAAGUCCCUGGAUUCAGAACCCAGUGUCCCAUCAGCAGCAAAGCCCCCGUCCCCUGAGAAAACAGCUCCUGUUGCUUCCACACCCUCUUCUACACCUAUUCCUGCUCUGUCACCGCCUACCAAAGUACCAGAACCAAAUGAGAACGUGGGCGAUGCCGUCCAGACCAAACUCAUUAUGCUUGUAGAUGACUUCUACUAUGGACGGGAUGGUGGCAAAGUAGCCCAGCUCACAAAUUUCCCUAAGGUCGCCACAUCUUUCCGAUGCCCACAUUGUACCAAAAGGCUAAAAAACAAUAUUCGAUUCAUGAACCAUAUGAAACACCACGUAGAACUCGAUCAGCAGAACGGUGAGGUAGAUGGUCACACUAUCUGCCAGCACUGUUACCGCCAGUUUUCCACUCCCUUCCAGCUUCAGUGCCACUUGGAAAAUGUUCAUAGUCCCUAUGAAUCUACUACCAAGUGCAAGAUCUGUGAAUGGGCGUUUGAAAGUGAGCCACUAUUUCUCCAGCAUAUGAAGGAUACUCAUAAGCCUGGAGAGAUGCCUUAUGUUUGCCAGGUGUGUCAAUAUCGCUCCUCACUCUACUCUGAGGUAGAUGUCCAUUUUCGGAUGAUCCAUGAGGAUACCCGGCAUCUGCUCUGCCCUUAUUGCCUGAAGGUCUUCAAAAAUGGCAAUGCAUUCCAACAGCAUUACAUGAGGCACCAGAAGAGAAAUGUUUAUCACUGCAACAAAUGCCGGCUGCAGUUUCUCUUUGCCAAGGACAAAAUUGAACACAAGCUUCAACACCAUAAAACCUUCCGUAAACCCAAGCAGCUGGAGGGCUUGAAACCAGGCACCAAGGUGACAAUCCGGGCUUCCCGAGGGCAGCCACGAACUGUUCCUGUAUCCUCUAAUGAUACACCUCCCAGCGCCUUGCAGGAGGCAGCACCGCUGACCUCCUCAAUGGACCCUCUGCCUGUCUUCCUUUAUCCCCCUGUCCAGCGCAGCAUCCAGAAGAGAGCUGUUAGGAAAAUGAGUGUCAUGGGCCGGCAGACAUGCCUGGAGUGCAGCUUCGAGAUCCCAGACUUCCCUAAUCAUUUCCCUACUUACGUACACUGCUCUCUGUGUCGCUAUAGCACCUGCUGUUCUCGAGCUUAUGCCAACCACAUGAUCAACAAUCAUGUUCCACGGAAGAGCCCCAAGUAUUUGGCUUUGUUUAAAAAUUCUGUGAGUGGAAUCAAGCUGGCCUGCACUUCAUGUACCUUUGUUACCUCUGUGGGCGAUGCUAUGGCCAAGCAUUUGGUAUUCAACCCCUCUCACAGAUCCAGCAGCAUCCUGCCACGGGGACUCACUUGGAUAGCUCACUCAAGGCAUGGCCAGACUCGUGACCGAGUGCAUGACCGGAACGUGAAGAAUAUGUACCCUCCUCCUUCCUUCCCCACUAACAAAGCUGCCACUGUGAAAUCUGCGGGGGCCACCCCAGCUGAGCCUGAAGAGCUACUAACUCCCUUAGCCCCAGCACUCCCAUCACCAGCCUCAACUGCAACCCCACCACCAACCCCCACUCACCCGCAGGCUUUAGCCCUUCCACCGCUGGCUACAGAGGGAGCCGAAUGUCUGAAUGUUGAUGAUCAGGAUGAAGGGAGCCCAGUCACCCAAGAACCUGAGCUAGCAUCAGGUGGUGGUGGUAGUGGUGGGGUUGGCAAAAAGGAGCAGCUGUCUGUGAAGAAGCUUCGAGUAGUACUGUUUGCUCUAUGCUGCAAUACAGAACAGGCAGCUGAACACUUCCGAAAUCCCCAGCGACGUAUUCGCCGUUGGCUUCGACGUUUCCAGGCCUCCCAGGGGGAGAAUCUAGAGGGCAAAUAUCUGAGCUUUGAGGCAGAAGAGAAACUGGCUGAGUGGGUGCUAACCCAGCGCGAACAACAGCUACCUGUAAAUGAGGAGACCUUGUUCCAGAAGGCCACCAAAAUAGGACGUUCUUUGGAAGGGGGGUUUAAGAUCUCCUAUGAGUGGGCUGUGCGUUUCAUGCUGCGGCACCACCUGACUCCCCAUGCCCGGCGAGCUGUGGCCCACACCCUACCUAAGGAUGUAGCAGAGAAUGCAGGACUCUUCAUUGAUUUUGUACAACGGCAGAUUCACAACCAGGACUUACCCUUGUCUAUGAUUGUGGCUAUUGAUGAGAUCUCUUUGUUCCUGGAUACAGAGGUGCUGAGCAGUGAUGAUCGAAAGGAGAAUGCCCUGCAGACAGUGGGCACAGGGGAACCUUGGUGUGAUGUAGUCCUAGCCAUUCUGGCAGAUGGCACUGUCCUUCCCACCCUGGUUUUCUACAGAGGGCAGAUGGAUCAGCCUGCUAACAUGCCAGACUCCAUAUUGCUAGAGGCAAAGGAGAGUGGCUACAGUGAUGACGAGAUCAUGGAGCUGUGGUCAACUCGAGUGUGGCAGAAGCACACAGCUUGCCAGCGCAGCAAAGGCAUGCUUGUGAUGGACUGUCAUCGCACUCACUUGUCAGAAGAGGUACUGGCUAUGCUUAGUGCCUCUAGCACUUUGCCUGCAGUGGUCCCAGCAGGCUGUAGCUCCAAAAUUCAGCCAUUAGAUGUAUGCAUCAAAAGAACUGUCAAGAACUUCCUGCAUAAAAAAUGGAAGGAACAGGCUCGGGAAAUGGCAGAUACUGCAUGUGAUUCUGAUGUCCUGCUUCAGCUGGUGCUUGUCUGGCUGGGUGAAGUGCUAGGUGUCAUUGGGGACUGUCCAGAGCUAGUUCAGCGCUCCUUCCUGGUGGCUAGUGUUCUGCCUGGCCCCGAUGGCAACAUUAACUCACCUACAAGAAAUGCUGACAUGCAGGAGGAGCUAAUUGCCUCCCUAGAGGAGCAACUGAAGCUGAGUGGGGAACAUUCUGAGUCUUCCACUCCACGACCCAGAUCAUCUCCUGAAGAGACAAUUGAGCCUGAAAGUCUUCACCAGCUCUUUGAGGGUGAAAGUGAGACCGAGUCUUUCUAUGGCUUUGAAGAAGCUGACCUAGAUCUGAUGGAGAUUUGAGUGUUGGGGUCAUGAGGGGGUGUGGAGUGGGGGUGGGAACAUGUGAGGGAGGGUAAAGGGGCUUAGGGAAAAGGGGGCAUACCAGGUGGGGUAUUUGGUUUCUAUUUUUUAAUUUUAUACCACCACUCCCCCCUGAAGUUGACUUACACUUCCCUGUGGAUUUGUGGAUUAAUUAGGAAAACCAAUAGUAAUCACGUCUGAGCCAAGGAGCUGGCCCAUUGGUCAUUCACUUCUGCUAAAAACAGGUUUUUGUGACUUUUUUUUUUUUAAAUUUAAAUCACUGUGUUUGGUAUUUUUCUGACAAAAUUAAGAAAAAGAAAAAAAUUAUUUGUGGGCGAAUGUUAAAUUUUUUUGUUUCCCCUUUUACCUCAAUUGUAUCAUAGUACUGGGUUUUUUUGUUUGUUUUAUUGUGUGGCCAAUGUCUUUGGGCAUGAUGCUAUCUAAUCAUUGUUAAUGUGAGAACAUUUCUGAAGAUGGGAAAGACAAAUUAUGUAGCUCACAAACUGGUUUAUUAUAUAUAUGGAUAAAAAACUUUUUUCAUUGUGGUCUUAACACUUUUAUAUAAAAAUGAAAAUGGAAAAAAAGUCCCACUGAACUCUCUCUUCUCCUUUUCUUUCCUUCCCUCUCCAGAGAUGUUGGUUUCUACAGCAACCCUAGAUAUAAAAUUGUGGCUUUAAAAAUGCAUGAAACCACCUUUAAUUAUCCAGAAUGAAUAGAUUUGUCUUUUCCUCACCACCUUCCCUCCAAAACAUGACAUAAACAAUAUUUUUUGCACUUGUGAUCCUUGGCCCCUUUCCCCAUUCUCAACACCAUCCAUCCCUCUGGACAAAGGAUCAUACAGGUGUUAUUAGCAAGCAAGAGAUACUGAAGCGAUCAAACAGUUUUAGGGUGGAAGCCAUUCCCAGUUUGAGUCUUCAUCCUGUAAGCCCCCAGGGGCAGUCCCUGCUUUACUGAACUUCAUCCUGUUAGAUGGAGAGCAUGCCUGUUUAAGGGAUUACUGGUCCUACAGCCAGGAGCUAAUUGUUCAAGAAGUGUUGAACUUUAAAAAGACAAGACCACUUGUUGAAAUCCAGCGUGCUCUGUGGCUUUCCCCUAUUUCUCUUAAUACUUAGGGAAGAAUCUGACAGGAAGAAGCGCACAGGGGUGUGCACAAAGAAAAUGACAUGAAUCUUUAUUUUUCACUGCCAGCUUCAAGGAAAGAAAAUUUUUUCUACAAUUUGCAUGAGGGAUUUUUUUAAUUGUAUGUACUCAUGGUUGUAAACCAAAACGUACUGUACCGUACAGAGAAAAGGAGCAAAAAACCAAGUCUUCUGUUUAUCCUGAGGCUUUCCACAAUGUUCCCCUCCUGUGAGCCAAGGAGGCAACCUGCACAAGCUUGUAAAUGGUUCGUCUUUAAAAUGUACAUAAGUGGAACAUUUAAUAAAAUGAGGGGAAAUGGAUUUAUAAACUUGUUUUUUUUCUAGGUGACCCUGUUUAAUAGGCUUUCACAGACUGGGGAAUGCUCAAGAUGUGAUGGGCCUGGUGGUACAGGUGUGACAUUUGUUACCACCCAUUUCUCCCACCCCACCCUGCUUUUUUGUUUGUUUGUUUUUUCAUCCCCCAGCACACUAUAAUAUAGUGAACUGGAAAAGUCCCUUCCAGAAACAGCUUGGCCAGCUUUGUGAACCUUUGACAUCUGAAAACAACCAAGGAUCCAUCUGGGCUUCUCUUCCCCAGCUUUUUGCCUGAUGCCAUUUUAUUGACAGACAAUGGACUUUGAAGUCAGCCUUUGCCUUUGAGAAAGUUCAAGAACUAUGGUUGGUCACGUCUAUCUACAACAACCUAAUCCUACUCUUUGGUAGUCUCUGCAGCAGCCACAGCCUUAGCAGAGCUGGGGUUCCUGUCUUCGGCACACGAUUGACUUUCUUGAUGGGUAAUUUUUUUUAAGAUCAUACCAACAGUGGAUCAGCUGGGUUUUGGCCAGGAAGUUGUCUUUGUGGACUCUGCCUGCAUGGCUUAGUAGUAGAAGGAAAUUUUUUUUUGUUUUGUUUUUUAUAAUUCAGUUUAAUCAAUAAACAUGUAUUUAUUGACUGUU